AUGAAAAGCCUGAGUGCUUCGCCUAACACGGCUGGAGCAGAGCAAACAACCCGGCGCCCAACUUCUUCAAAAUCUAGGUUUGUGGUCGCAAACCAGAAGAAACAAGACUCGAGUUUCCAAUUUUUGAUCGACAAUGUUCAGAGCUCUACCGUCGGCGUGUUGAGAAAGGUGAGUUCUGUUCCGCUUGACACUAACGGCAUUAGUGUGAUGAUAACAGCCUGA